UUAUCUCAGGGGUCACCAUGUUGGUGACCCCUGCCGUUGAGUGUAAUCUGGUAGCAGCCAGUCGUGGUAAAAGUGAUGGAUAGAGGUCUGAUUAUAAUUAAUAAAUAAUUAAUAGUAAUUAAUAAGGUAAAGAUUUGCGUGGAUAUAGAUGUGAGCGAUUUUAAGCCAGAUAAGCAGAGUAAAAACGAAGCCGGCUCUGCUCCUCGUCAGUUUUCAGCUAUUGGUAUCCCCCUCAGUGGUUCCUCAUUUUGUCAGCCGUAAAGUUUAAUUUGUUUUAUUAGACCAGCUUCAUUGUGACGUGAAAGGAAAGCGAUUCAGAAAUAAAUAUGAAAAGUUUUCCUUACAUCCAGCCUCUGAAUGAAAUGCACCGCAAACACACCACAGGAUGCUGCUUUGAAGCUUUGUGGAUGCCUUUUAAGUCCUGGUUUGUUUUUGAACGUGCGCCCCCUGGUGGCGCCGGUCGGUCAGCAGGAACCAGGAAACAGAGGGCUUCUCCUCCCUCCUCCCUCCUCCCGUCGUCCUGUCCGCCUGCUGCCGUUUGUGGUCGAUGGCUGUGAGGAACCUGGUGAGGUGAAGCAGAUAAAACAUGUGACUGACCGUCAAAGCGCUCAGAGCCGCAGCUCGGGACGGGGACCGGCGGCCGGAGAUGGACGUCAACAACCAGGACUGGAUGUGCGCUCUACCGGAAGAGCUGUGGGACAUUCCUCUGACAGAGCUGGCCAUACCUGGAAGCCAUGAUGCCAUGAGUUACUGUCUGGACAUAAACUCGCCCCUGCUCAGGUCGGAGUCGGACUUGUUCCGACUCCUGGAUGGAUUCUUUUACUGCUUUACCAGACCUGUCAUCUUUAAAUGGGCCACCACACAGGACAAAACCAUAGAGGAGCAGCUCUCCAAGGGAAUUCGGUACUUCGACCUCCGCGUCGCACACAAGCCCAACGACUUAUCCGAUGACCUCUACUUCACACACGUCAUAUACACACACCUGACAGUCCUGAAAACGCUCGAGUGCGUCGCCUACUGGCUGGACUCUCACCCGAAGGAGGUCGUCAUUCUCGCCUGCAGCCAUUUUGAGGGAAUGGACGAUGAGCGCCACGAGUCGUUCAUUUCCUGCUUGAAGAGGCUGUUUGGCUCAAAGCUGUGUCCCCGGAAGGAAUCGGUACUGAGCCUGCGGAGUCUGUGGGCAUCCGGUUACCAGGUCAUUCUCUCCUAUGAGUCCGAGCUCGUGGCGAGACAUCCGCAGCUGUGGCCCGCCAUCCCGUACUGGUGGGCAAACAAAAUGACAGCUGAGGAAGUGAUCAGCUACCUGGACUGGAAAAAAGACGUGGGACGUCCAGAGGGAUUCUUCGUCUGCGGCCUGAACCUCACGGCCCCGAGGGCUCACAUCGCCAAGAACCGGAAGGAAUCCCUGCGGACGCUGACCUUCAGCAACUGGGAGUGUUUGAGGAGAUGGGUGGAGAAGCAGAAGCCUGGAUCGGACCGGAACAGCCUCAACAUUAUAGCGGGAGACUUUGUGGGGCCGCUUCCGCUCUGCUCUCUGGUGAUAGCGCUGAACCACAAGCUGCGAGCGAAGACCUCCACCCAGAUGACGCAGCAUUAUUAACUGGGAUUUUAACUUUAUUUCGGAAUUUCUGUUUCCAGCUUCUUUUCGUGUUUCUAAAAUUGUAAAAGCAAUCAUCGGUUACUGUUAGUUUUCUACCUGAGAAGAUUUUGCAUUGUGUUGGGUACCAGCAUCUCUUAUGUGCAAUCAAGAUAUAUUUUUACAGAGAAAAUGUCUCAUUCUGUUUCAGAAUUGUCAACACAGAUCUUUAUGCCACUGCAGAGUAAACACAGUAUUUUCUUAAGC